AUGCUUCCCAGUGUUAUUGGUUCGUCCAUUGAAAAUUGCUCAUCCCUGAUUUCCAAGUGUAUCACUGCGAAAAGCCUGAAGCUUGGCAAUGCCGUGCACUCUCACCUAAUCAAAACCGCGCUUUUCUUCGACCCUUUCAUUGCCAAUGGUCUCAUAGACGCGUAUUCCAAGUGCGGCUGCGUAGAAAGUACCGACAAGGCAUUUGGUGAUUUUCCCAACAAGACCACGCGUUCGUGGAACACGCUGCUCUCGUUUUACUCGAAAUUAGGUCUUUUCGAUAAGGCUUAUAACCUGUUCGAUAAAAUGCCUCAACGGAACCUCGUCAGCUAUAACUCGCUCAUCUCCGGUUCCACGCGCCACGGGUUUCACAAAGAAUCGGUUAAGCUGUUUCGGGUAAUGCAAAAAAGUUCUGAUCGCUUGAUGUUAGACGAGUUCACGCUUGUUAGCGUAGUUGGAAGCUGUGCUUGUUUGGGUAACGUUAAAUGGUUGCGUCAGGUUCAUGGGGUGGCUUUUAUAGUUGGCAUGGAGUGGAAUGUGAUUCUUAACAACGCUUUAAUUGAUGCUUAUGGAAAAUGUGGGGAACCAAAUUUGUCGUGUUCAGUGUUUUGUUGGAUGCCAGAGAGAAAUGUUGUGUCUUGGACAUCAAUGGUUGUGGCUUGGACUAAGGCAUCAAGAUUGGAUGAGGCUUGCAGGAUAUUUAACGAUAUGCCAGUUAAGAACACAGUUUCUUGGACUGCUUUGAUCACGGGUUUUGCAAGAAAUGGGCAAUGUAAUGAAGCUUUGGAUCUUUUUAGGCAAAUGCUGGAAGAGGGGGUAAGGCCUAGUGCUCCAACUUUUGUCAUUGUUCUAGAUGCUUGUGCAGAUGAGGCUCUUAUAGGAAGAGGUAAACAGGUGCACGGUCAUAUUAUCAGAGGUAGCAAUAGUGACAACUUGUUUAAUGUGUACAUAUGUAAUGCUUUAAUUGACAUGUAUGGAAAGUGUGGAGAUAUGAAAUCAGCUGAAAAUUUGUUUGAGAUGACAACUAUGAGGGAUGUAGUAACUUGGAAUACAUUAAUAACUGGGUUUGCACAAAAUGGUCAUGGGAAGGAUUCACUAGCAGUCUUUAGAAGGAUGAUAGAAGCCAAUGUAGAGCCUAAUCAUGUGACAUUUCUUGGGAUGCUAUCUGCUUGUAGCCAUGCAGGUUUAGAUAAUGAAGGGUUAGAAUUGCUGGAAUUGAUGGAAAGGCAAUAUGGACUCAAGCCUAAACCUGAUCAUUAUGCUUUAUUAGUUGAUUUGCUUGGGAGGAAAAACAGACUCAAGGAAGCCAUGGUUUUAAUUGAGAAAGUGCCUAAUGGAAUUAGGAAUCACAUUGCUAUGUGGGGUGCUGUCUUGGGUGCUUGUCGAGUUCACGGGAACUCGGACCUUGCUAGCAGGGCUGCAGAAGCUUUGUUCGAGUUAGAACCAGAAAAUACGGCUAGAUAUGUUAUGCUAUCGAACAUUUAUGCUGCAUCUGGCAAAUGGGUUGAUGCCAAUAGAAUUAGAACAGUUAUGAAGGAGAGAGGUUUGAAGAAAGAACCAGCUUGUAGUUGGAUUGAGUUAAGGAAUGCAAGACAUGAGUUUGUAGCCAAAGACAAGCUCCAUCCACAGAUUGGAGAGAUACAUGAAGUAAAUAGUAAACUAGUUGAUCAUCUGAAGGAUGCUAUAUAUCAUAUUGAUCUUCCUGAUGAGGAUGGUGGUUAGG